CAGCGUGCAGGGUCGAGGACAGCCGGCCCCCCAUGUCAGUGGUCUAGGAUGGCCAGUGAGGGCGCCAGCAUCCCAAGUCCUGUGGUGCGCCAGAUUGACAAGCAGUUUCUGAUCUGCAGUAUAUGCCUGGAACGGUACAAGAACCCCAAGGUCCUGCCCUGUCUGCACACUUUCUGCGAGAGGUGCCUGCAGAACUACAUUCCAGCCCACAGCUUAACCCUCUCCUGCCCGGUGUGUCGCCAGACCUCCAUCCUGCCUGAGAAAGGGGUGGCUGCAUUGCAGAACAACUUCUUUAUCACAAACCUCAUGGACGUGCUGCAGCGAACGCCCGGCAGCAAUGGCGAGGACUCUUCCAUCCUGGAGACGGUCACUGCUGUGGCUGCAGGAAAGCCACUUUCGUGCCCAAACCAUGAUGGGAAUGUGAUGGAAUUCUACUGCCAGUCCUGUGAGACGGCCAUGUGUCGGGAGUGCACCGAGGGGGAGCACGCGGAGCACCCCACCGUACCCCUGAAGGAUGUGGUAGAACAGCAUAAGGCCUCACUCCAGGUCCAGCUGGAUGCAGUCAACAAAAGACUCCCAGAAAUAGAUUCUGCUCUUCAGUUCAUCUCAGAAAUCAUCCAUCAGUUAACCAACCAAAAGGCCAGCAUCGUAGAUGACAUCCACUCCACCUUUGAUGAGCUGCAGAAGACUUUAAAUGUUCGCAAGAGCGUGCUGCUCAUGGAGCUGGAGGUCAACUAUGGCCUCAAACACAAAGUGCUGCAGUCACAACUGGAUACCCUGCUCCAAGGCCAGGAGAGCAUUAAGAGCUGCAGCAAUUUCACGGCUCAGGCCCUCAACCAUGGCACGGAGACGGAGGUGCUGCUGGUGAAGAAGCAGAUGAGCGAGAAGCUGAACGAACUGGCGGACCAGGACUUCCCACUGCACCCGCGCGAGAACGAUCAGCUGGAUUUCAUCGUGGAAACCGAGGGACUGAAGAAGUCCAUCCACAACCUAGGGACCAUCCUCACCACGAACGCUGUCGCCUCGGAGACGGUGGCCACGGGUGAGGGCCUUCGGCAGACCAUCAUCGGGCAGCCCAUGUCCGUCACCAUAACCACGAAGGACAAAGACGGAGAGCUCUGCAAGACAGGCAACGCGUACCUCACCGCGGAGCUCAGCACCCCCGACGGCAGCGUGGCGGACGGAGAGAUCCUGGACAAUAAGAACGGCACCUACGAGUUCCUGUACACCGUGCAGAAGGAGGGGGACUUCACCCUGUCCCUCAGGCUCUACGACCAGCACAUCCGAGGCAGCCCGUUCAAACUCAAGGUCAUCCGCUCUGCCGAUGUGUCCCCCACCACCGAGGGCGUGAAGCGGCGCGUCAAGUCCCCUGGGAGCGGCCACGUCAAGCAGAAGGCUGUGAAGAGACCCGCCAGCAUGUACAGCACCGGCAAGCGAAAAGAGAACCCCAUCGAGGACGACCUGAUCUUCCGAGUGGGAGUGUGUAAAUUCACUGUACAGAUAUUUUCCAACGAUGGGCAAUUCAAAAGUCGUUUUGGCAUCCGAGGACGAUCACCCGGACAGCUACAGCGGCCCACUGGGGUAGCAGUGCACCCUAGUGGGGACAUUAUCAUCGCGGAUUACGAUAACAAGUGGGUUAGCAUUUUCUCCAGUGACGGGAAGUUUAAGACAAAAAUUGGAUCGGGAAAACUGAUGGGGCCCAAAGGAGUCUCUGUGGACCGCAACGGACACAUUAUUGUGGUGGACAACAAGGCGUGCUGCGUGUUCAUCUUCCAGCCGAACGGGAAGAUAGUCACCAGGUUUGGUAGCCGAGGAAAUGGGGACAGGCAGUUUGCAGGUACACUCGAUGGUCCCCAUUUUGCCGCUGUCAAUAGCAAUAAUGAGAUCAUCGUUACCGAUUUCCACAAUCAUUCUGUCAAGGUAUUUAAUCAGGAAGGAGAAUUCAUGUUGAAGUUCGGCUCCAAUGGAGAAGGAAACGGGCAGUUUAAUGCGCCAACAGGAGUAGCGGUGGACUCGAAUGGAAACAUCAUUGUGGCGGACUGGGGCAACAGCAGGAUCCAGGUUUUUGAUGGGAGUGGAUCGUUUUUGUCCUAUAUCAACACAUCAGCUGACCCCCUCUACGGCCCCCAAGGCCUGGCCCUAACUUCAGAUGGCCAUGUUGUGGUUGCAGACUCUGGAAACCACUGUUUCAAGGUCUAUCGGUACUUACAGUAACAGCGGACAGCCCUGCACUGAGGUCUUGCACUAGAAACUGGAACAGAGUUUUCAAUGUGGGACCAGAUUACAAUAGGACUUUUCAUACUAGGAAGAACCUCUGGUGAACUUUCCAAGGUUAUUUCUGAAUGUAACAAUUUCCUUAAAAACUGCUUAUCCAAUUUCCGUAAUUCACUUUUAGGAUUUAAAAAGAAUCUCUUCUAUUGAAUCUAUACAAACUGCAAAGUUUUACACCUGUGAACUAUGGCUCAUAGGACAGGGAUUUAUGUAGUUAAACUAAUUUUGCAAAUCAGACAUUAAAAAGAAUUAGCAUAUCUGUUGACCAGUGAAUGAAUGGUAAGCCUUUGCAUCGAGCUUCCAAGAACAAAACUUGUAGUUACCUAUUUUAUUUAACUUCGGUCACAAGACCCAAGGGACCUUCUAACCUCACUUUUACAGUAGAUGUUAUUACUCUGAUGACAUUUUUUGUUUUGGGUUAUCAACAACCAUAUAUAAAUGACUUUAGAAAACUCUAAGGCUGUCUUGCAAGAUCCUCCCAGCUCUGACUCAGGGCCCUCUUGAGUUGAGCCCAUCAGAAUCAAUGCAAAUUUCCCAACCUUUCUGGGUUUGAUCAAAGAUCUUUUUUUGUGUGUUCUCCUUACCUUCUCUUUCUGCUCACCUUGCAUCAGAAAAUGAAAUAUAUUUUCAGGAAAGCCUGAAAUUCCCGAUGCUUUGGAAGGCAUAUGGCAAAAGCAAGGGGGACCCUUUGGUUGCUAGCCUCAGAUCCACACACUGGAAUGUAACCAAGAGAACUCAUGUUCAUGCGCCAUGUGUUCACAUGUCUUUCCUCUUCCACAUCACGAAAGCGAAAGCUUUACCUCCUGCAGAAUGUCAGCACAUGUAGUCGGACGCCAGUGUCCUAGGACAGAGAGCCAUAAGCAGCCCUUUGGAGGACAAGAUGGUGUGAACCAAAGGCAUGUGAUUGAUUAAUGAUUUCCCCUUAGAGAGCAAGUGUUACCAAAGUUCUGUUGAGCAUUACAGGUAUGGGCAUGUUAUGGUUAUUUAUCAUUGUUUAAUGAAUAGUAGAGGCAUUAAGGGACAAGUAUACAUGGUUAGGGUAAGAUAGAAAUGUAUUAUACAUAUUAUAUAAGUCUAUAUAUAUAUAUAGUUGAAUCCUUGGUGUGUGGAAAUGGGCAGCACUCUGACAGACAGAAGCAUUGCCCAGUCAUCCUUCAGCACAUUCCCUGGCUGCUGCAAUCUGAAGCCGUCCUUGCGAAAGGAGCCCCACAGCGAGUGUAAACGUUGCCACUUUCCAGCAUGAUGGUGAUGCCCGCCUUCCAGGCAGCAAAUGGCCUUCUUUUGCUUUCAAAAAAAAAAAAAAAGAAAGAAAGAAAGAAAGAAAGAAAAAAAAAGGAAGAAAGACAAAAGAAAAAGACGUCUUGAAAAACUGAGUUUGAGUUACCUUUAAGUAUAAAUGCAUUUUUUGAGAAACAUUACCUGUCAUGGAUACUAUAAAAUAAGACAUGGUCUGUUUCCACUGACGGAUUUUUCUACUCAGUUCUACCAAACAGGAAAGUUGUGUUUGAUGUGUUUGAUGAUGGCUUUGGGAUUUCUUUCAUUGAAAGCACCUUAGAUAUUUACUGUAAGAAAACACUUCCCUUACAUACAUAUGACGGUGUUUAUGGCUUGUUAUCUUAAAAUUCUAAUGUUCUUGAUACAGGAGUGUUACAAAAUUUAGACGGGAAAUCUAGCUACCUCCAAUGAUCUAUUUAAUUUAUUAUGUCCACAUCAACAUCUGGGGGACGGACGGACUUUAUUUUCAGAAGACUUACAUUUGGAUUUAGCUUGUUAUUAUUUUAGUUCUGUAGAGUUUUAAAAAUUCAAGCCUGUCUGAGAUUAGACAUAAAAUUCAAUACCAGUUUAAGAAGUGAUAAAUUAAGACUGCUUCUGAAUACCAUGGAAUAAGCCUUUGAGUUUAUGUUUUAAUUUUUUUUUUCUUCAUUUUGGGGAUGGAACCCUUGGCCUCAGAAAUACUUAAGCAAGAGCUCUAUAGCUAGGCUGCUCCUGCAGCCCAAGUAUUCAGCAUGAACUUCAAUAUUUGUAUCUACAGACUUCCUACCAGGGGCCAAGAAUGCAUCUAGGCACUGGGACCUGAGGAAUGUGUGAGAGAGACAGGCAUCUCUGUCCUCUUACAGCUUAUAUUCUGGCGAGGGGAUUUUGUAGUGCUGUUUAUUAAUAGUCUACCUGCAGAUUAUUUCUGGGCUAUUUAAAAGAAAGGGUUUUUUUUUUAUGAGUAAAUUAAUUUUAGUUAAUUUUCACAAGCAGAAAACAUUUUUUCAAAGAGUUUGCCACAGGUUUGUUUGUUUGUUUGUUUUUCUUGGAAUGGAAUCCAGGGCCUCAGACAUGCUAGGCACAUGCUCUACAACUGACAUGUGCCUUCAGAUUGCAACUAUUAAUUUGAAAAUGAAUUUACGGAAUGAGUUUUUUUUUGUGCAACACUGAGCUAUUUGUGACCUGAGAAAUUAACUCAUAAACCAAUCAGUCUCAUAUAUAAAAUAUCAUAUCAGGCUUGGUAUCUCAGUAGGAAAUAAUACAAAUUAAGGUGUCUUUUAAAUACAUGAAUAUUGGUACAAACUGGAAUGAAAGAACAUUUAAUUUAGAUCUGUUUCACCAUCGGCUACUAAAGCACCCGCUGUGGGCACUCCAGCAAACACUACAUUCUGCAUUUGGGUAUGUGUGUGCACUUACUGUAUUUCUUCAUGGUAAGCAUACUUUUUGGGGGAAAGUGCUGCUGCUAAGACACAAAUAGACAAGAUCGAAAUGAAAUCUUGUCUCGUUUGAUGGGAAUGGUUUCUGGUAAACUAAGAAGGAUUAUUAGGACUAAGUGGCUUUUUUUGUUCUAGGCUGCUGUUACUGUUAUUUAUCUCUGCCAACUGUAUAGAACCCGUUACACACUCAUGAUACAUAGCACGGAGAAAAUAAGCAUUCAAAUUUCCCUUGGGCACUAAGGACAAAAAUAGCUUCAGUUAGGUUUUAUAGGUUAAUGACAGUGUGUCUUCUCCAACAUAAACCUCCCCUGCUGGACACGGGGUGGUAGGGAGUCACUUGACCAUCCAGAAACACACUACUAGAAAGCCUUUAGGACUGUGUGUCAGUUUUUUAACGACGUGUAAGAUUUUGAUGAAACUUUAGUCUCCACGACUAAACAAGCCCCUGAGUCUCCUAAACGUGACAAAAUUUGAGGCAAUAAGUACGCCUGGUCCAUGCACUUGCUGCAUACCUGCUCCCACUACGUGUACAGGGUAUGUAAGUCCUCACAGGGAAGGAACUGGAAGAGCAGUACGUUACCAGGUAUAUGGAGCCUCACUCGAAAGGGUUAGCAUAAAUGCUUUGGUAAUACCUACGGAGGAAACUGGAGAGAGCAGACCAGCACCAGGUCAUCUGUAGACCACUUCAAAUGGGAAAAGUCCCGGUGUGCAUUCUGACUCUAUGACAGCCUCUCUAUUCACCAGCUCCUGAAAAGGGAAGAGGGAAGUUUUUGGUGAGUAUUUUUAAAACAAGACCUUUCCAAGUAGGAUAAAGUUGAAGCUUUCUGAUGCAAACCUUAUCUAAUUCCCCUUAAAAUCGAUAAAGUCCUAAUACCGUUACUUUCUGUAAAUGUUGCAGGGUUUUAAAAUUUACAAUUAUUUUAAUAUUUUUGAUAACUAGGAAUCUAGUAUUGCCAUAAAGGAAACGAAGUGCCCAUUAAAAAUUUGUUUGGUAUAAAUAAAUGCUUUUUUUUUGGUUUUGUUUUAAAAAUGACAGUAAGCUACAAAUCACGAAGCUAAUCUUCAAAACACUUUCUAAUGAUGUACUGUGUGGUAGCUGAUUGUGUGGUCUGUUUGUGGAGAAUGUGUGGAUGCUAUUCAUUGAUAUUCUAGAAGAGAUUAAUAAUCAGCUAUGUUGUUCCAAUGAAUGUACAGCACUUCCAUUAACUUUUGAAAGCGACACAGCCUUAACCUCGACGCUUUUGCUUUACAACAUGGGAUGUUGUGUCAACCAAGUAUGCGCUCCUAACAUUCUUUCGAUCAUUCCCAACUGUGCAGCCUUCCGAGCCUGCCCAUGAGUAUGAAGGCUGUUCAUUUCCCUUUUGUUUCUUUGAAGAUUUUGUACAUUCCACCUUUACAGAUCUGUUUCAUACAUUUUGUGUAUAGGACACUGGUCUUGUGCUCUUUGCCAUCCAUUAAUGAUAUAGCCUCCUCAUAUGUUCUUUUAUGAAUCCGAAUGCUGACUGCCUAUUUAAACAGAAGAAUGGACGCUGUGCAUCAAUGUGUUUGUAUGUUCGUAGCUACAUACGUACCACAGUAUUUUGGAUGCUUUAGUCUAUAAUAAAACUUUAAAUUAAUUCUGUCUUGAAACAUAGGAGAAACAAGAGUCGUGUGUAUAUCGUUACCAUGCACAAAAAUCUCAAAUCAUUAUAAUAAAGCUUGUUUUCUCCAUUUUCA